AUGUCGAGUAAGGAAUCGAUGAAAUUAAUCAAAAUUUCGAUACAUAAGAGAUACUCGACGUUACAUUAAUCCUUAAGAAUUAAUGAAAUUUAUGUCAAGUUGUUUCAACAUAAAUUGUAUGAACAUGCAUGUUUAUAGAAGUAUAAACAGUGUCUAAUGAAGUUCACACGCUUGUUUCUGCUGACCUUGUAUUUAUUAAAAUUCACGAUACUUAUGAAAUGCAAAUUCGAAGGACGUGUCAAGUUGCUGUUCACUAAUAGAUUUUUACUUUUUUGCAUGUAGUUUGUCAACAAUGAUCUUUAUUAAAUGUACGAAUAACCAAUCAUUUUUAUGAAACUAUUCUUAUGUUACAAGUACUAGAAUUAUACUAUCACAAAUAUACAGUUUAAGUUAUCAUCUGUAAAUAUUGUUUACUGAAGACAGUACAAAUUCCAUAGAUAACUGAACAAUUUUUAACAGAUACGUGGCAUCAACGCAAUAAUUUAUUACCAUCUUCUAUUAAUGUUCAUUAUUAACGGCACCAUCUACCGAUUAAAUCACAUCCGAAUACGCUCCUGUCAUUUUCUUGAUUAAUAUUUUGUAAGAUAUAAAAGAUUUUGUAACAAAAAGAUAUUUUGUAACUGUGAAAUUAUGUACAUAUAAUGUACACGUUAAGAUAAACAAUACAUGUUAAAAUUAAUUUCAAUAAAUAAGAAAAAAUAAACGUCAUUAAAUUUUACGAUUAAAACAAUUUGUUUAAAGAAUUGUUCGUGAAAUAACAGAGAAAAAUAGCAGAAAUACGAAAGUGAACAACAUUCGAUAAAGCUGCCAUGUUUUCGCCCCACCGUCUCAUCAGCAGGAAUCUGCAAUUUAUAAGUGCAGUAUGUACUGAAACAGUCAGUAGUAACGUCGUCACGUCACCGAUACUCUCGUUCAAAGUUAGCCAAUCGAUACAUCCACUUGUCAGAACAUUUAGCAUUUCCGCUGCAACAAUGGCUAAAAUAAAGGCUGGUCCCGUUGUUGAUAUUUUGGGCGAUGAAAUGACACGUAUCAUAUGGGAUGCCAUCAAGCAAAAGCUUAUUUUACCUUAUUUAGAUGUUGAAUUGCAUACUUAUGAUUUGGGCAUUGAAAAUCGAGAUGCAACCAAUGAUCAGGUAACUGUAGAUUGUGCAAAUGCUAUCAAGAAAUAUAAUGUAGGUAUAAAAUGUGCUACUAUUACGCCUGAUGAGAAACGAGUAGAAGAAUUUAAGUUGAAACAAAUGUGGAAGAGUCCCAAUGGUACUAUUAGAAAUAUGUUAGGUGGUACAGUUUUUCGUGAACCAAUUAUUUGUAAGAAUAUACCACGUCUAGUGACAGGCUGGAACAAACCUAUCAUUAUUGGUAGACAUGCCCAUGCAGAUCAAUAUAAAGCUACAGACUUUAUAGUACCUGGCCCAGGUAAACUUGAAAUUACAUGGACUGGAAAUAACGGAGAAAAAAUUCACCAUACAGUCCACACCUUCCAAGGUCCAGGUAUUGCUCAAGCACAAUACAAUACAGAUGAGAGUAUUACUGCCUUUGCUCAUAGUUCUAUGCAAUAUGCGCUUUCAAGAAAUUAUCCUCUGUACCUUUCUACAAAGAAUACAAUUCUUAAAAAAUACGAUGGCAGAUUCAAAGAUAUUUUCCAAGAAGUAUAUGAAAAGGAUUACAAAGACAAGUUUGAAGCUAAGAAAGUUUGGUACGAACACCGCUUAAUAGACGAUAUGGUAGCGUUUGCAAUGAAGGCAGAAGGUGGUUUUGUAUGGGCUUGUAAAAAUUACGACGGAGAUGUGCAAUCCGAUUCCGUGGCACAAGGAUACGGAUCCCUAGGUUUAAUGACUUCGGUUCUAAUUUGUCCAGAUGGACGAACCGUAGAAACAGAAGCCGCACACGGUACCGUAACAAGACACUAUCGUAUGUAUCAGCAAGGAAAAGAAACUUCAACGAAUCCAAUCGCUUCGAUAUUCGCAUGGACGCAAGGAUUGCUUCAUCGCGCAAAAUUAGAUAGUAAUCAAGAACUUGAACACUUCGCAAAAACCUUAGAAUCAGUAUGCAUCAAUACUAUCGAAUCAGGUCAUAUGACAAAGGACCUUGCAAUUUGCAUCAAAGGCAUGGCAAAUGUUACAAGAUCUGAUUAUUUAGAAACAUUUGAAUUCCUCGAUAAAUUGGCAGAAAACCUGCAGAAACAACUUAAAAAGUGACUACAUUACAGUUGUUCUGAUGUGAUGCAAUCAAAGUAUUAAAUGUAUGCCACAAGAACAAUAUUACUGGUUAUGGGAAAUAAAACUGCAUUUAAUUUAUAUGAAGCCUUUUAAAGGCAUAUUUGCAGAGAAAUGCAUGAAGAUAACACAAAAUAUUGUAAUUAAAAUUGUAAAAACAUGUUUAAAGUUUUCUUUUUAAUAUUAAAUUUUUAAGGAUUUG